AUGUCAAAAGAUGUCAACAUGCCCGUCUUCAGAAGAGAUCCUUGUGGCAUUACCUGUCUUUUUCUCACUUACACAGCGAUAUUUUACGCCGACUAUGUCAUAGUCCACUGGGUUGUCAUACAGACGAUGUCAAACAGCUUAUGGGGUGCUCUACAUGUCCUUCUCUUCAACACCCUAGUGUUCAUGACACUCAUGGCACAUGUCCGGGCUGUGUUCAGUGAUCCAGGGAUCGUCCCAUUGCCCCAAAGCAGGCUUGAUUUCUCCGACAUGCAUGCUGGUGGAGAAAAGAGUGAUGACUGGACAGUGUGUGCUCGAUGCGAGAUGUACAGACCUCCUCGUGCUCACCACUGCCGGAUUUGCCAGCGGUGCAUACGGCGCAUGGACCACCACUGCCCUUGGAUCAACAAUUGUGUAGGGGAAUGGAACCAGAAGUAUUUUCUGCAGUUUCUGACCUUUGUUGGCCUCAUGUCAAUCUAUGCACUAUCCCUCAUUGCAUAUUCAUGGAUCAAGGACUGCCCAGAAUGUUCAAAGGAAAUGAUGAUAAAGCAAGGGAGACUAUUGCACUCUGUAAUAUUAAGUAUGGAAAGCAUUCUCUUUGGCCUCUUCGUCAUUGCCAUCAUGUGUGACCAGAUGCAAGCUAUCCUCAGUGAUGAAACAGCUGUUGAACAGGUAAAACGACAGGGACCAUAUCGGGCCAAGCGUCCAAAGAUGGCUCUGCUCAAGGAAGUGUGCGGACGCAGCCAUCCAGUGUUGUGGGUAUUCCCAUGCACCAGUGCUCCCUUCAGUAGUGAACCUUCAUAUAGCCUGACUGUUUAAGUUAAACAUCAUCCUUAGAGUGAAUAAUCUGGAAAACAGUCCCAUUUUAUAUCAUCAUCAUCAAUUCUUCAAGUCACAAGUUCACUCUCUCCUGACAGCCAUUAGAUAUGUAGCAUAUGGUAGCACUGGUGAUGUCAGUCUGGGUAACCUGCACAGCCACUGAGCUCAAGGGUACAAUCAAUCAACGCAGUGCCUGACACUUUAACUCUUUCCAUAACAUUAUGUUGGGCUCAUGAAGACCUCUUGGUGCCCAAAGUAGCAAUGGAUCUGAUUUGUGAUUUAAGAAUAAGUCUCAAUACAUUUCUAAGCUGAUUAGAGAUUUUAUUUACAGUUGAUUGUCUUGUUCUUUUUAUAAGGAUAUCCCCAAGGAGAUAUUCUUUGUGAUGUCACAGCUCCUUGGAUUUGAAGUAGUGAUAUAUAUUGGGAAAUAUCAGUGAUGUCAAAUACAUUACCUUAACAUUUUCAAUAUAUUCAUGUAUUUGAGGUAGUAAACUUUUUAAAGAAUCAAGAAGUAGGACAAAUUUAGCAUGAAAAAAUUAUCUUUGUUUCUUUUUUAAGAGAGAAAACAUAUCUAACAUGGUAAGAGGACUUAGGUGGACCAUUGUUGUGAAUGUAAAUAUGUAUACUACAGAAAAUAAACCUUUUCCUUACUUUUAUAGUCAAACAUCUAUGAAAGAGAUCUAAUCUGUUUGGAAUAAGAAUAUGCAAAUCUUUUAUAAAUGAUAUCUCUCCACAGUAAACACCCACUCAUUCAUACAUAGCUGUAUUUAUAUUUUGAUUCAUCAUUUUUGAAUACUCAUUUUUAUUCAGUAAUUCUUGCAGUGCAUUAAUACUUCAUUACAUGUUUUCUUAAAACAAAAAAAUGGUCUGCAGAUAAGGAUAUGUAAAUCAUUUGAAAGUUCACAUAAACACCCACACAUUUUCAUGCUUUUAUUGUAAGAAAUAUGUACAUUUAUAUAUGUUUUCUAUAAAUGCAGUUGUG